AUAAGCAGGAGAGCAGUCGCAGAGCACAGGCAAAAUGGGGGACGACGGGUUCCUCGAUCAAUACCCUGCCAACACCGAUGCGGGCAUUGGCACUGUGCACAGCUGCCGCUACUCAAAACAAAAAAAUCCGGUGCAGAACAACGAUUUUUUAUCGUGCUCCAUGUGCAUACACAAUGGACCCAUCAAACUCUACGGUAUUUUUUCCGGAUUUAAUGGUGGCGAUUCAACAGCGAAGUUUGUCAUGAACAGAUUGGUAUAUGAGAUUUUUGGAGAAAAUCCAAUUACACCAACACUACUCCCUUAUCAAGUGGUGGAAGAAUUUAAACGGAAAUUUGAAAACGUUGCCGAGCGUUAUUUGUUGAUGAACACCGAUGAUUUGAACAAUCGACUGUUAAAGUUGGAGGAACAGUCGGAAACUGGAAAUAAUGCAGUAUCGGAAAUCAAUCAAAAAAUUCGCCAAGGUACCACUGCCAUAGUAGUCAUGAUCAUUAACCAGGACCUAUAUGUGCUAAAUUGCGGAAACUCUCUCGCAAUUGCUAUGAACAGUGAGAACGUAGUGCAGCUCAACUCAAAUCUACACAAUAAUGACAAUCCUUUGGAGAUUGUACGAAUAAAAGGGCUAGGGAUUAAUCCGGAGACAGUUCUGAAUCCAACUAGAGCGAUCGGUGACUUACAACGAACCCACCUGUUUGAAGAGACGGAAGCUUUCAAGAAUGCAAAAGGACCACCGGUUAUUUCUACUCCAGAUGUUCAGUAUACAAAGAUCGACCCAUCCUGGAGACAUUUGGUUCUGAUCUCCGACGGUGUAGUUCAGAAUCUUAAGGAAGUUGAAGUUGAAAACAUCCCAACAGAAGUAUCCGUUCGACUAAUUGAAGAUCACACAGUUACAAGUACAGCGCAGGCAUUGGUAGACUCGUUUGCAAGAAAGCAUCGCGAUGCUUACACGAUGAGCGACGAUAAAAAUUUCUGUAUCAGUAAUCACAGAGAGGAAAUGACUGUGAUUUAUGUGAAGCUCGAGGAAGAUUACCAAGCGGCUCUUUACGAACAAUUCGAUUCAGCGAUUUCGACAAUGGAAUCUACAAAUGCAACAUUGUAUGAGCCCUGCUCGACACCAUAUGUCGAUGCUACCAACUUCAAUUCUGGAAAAAAUUAUGAAAAGAUGAAGAAACUACUUCUAACUCGACCUUCAAAAUAAAUAUUGUUGCUAGUAAAUAUAAAUAUUUGUUAUCAUG